GCUGACCUUUGUUAUGCUGCCUUAUCAGCUAUCCCUGGCCUUCAGCCUGUGAGGCCUGCUGGAGCCAUGUACCUGAUGGUCCCUUGCAAUCAUGGUGAAGUCUAGAAGAGUACAGGUGCUCCUGAUUCUGGUGGUUCUGUCCUUCCUUCUGAUCCACUUCCUACCCUGCAGCAACAAUGCCCACAUGGAAGAAAAACCCUCUCCUGUCCACAUCCUCAUUCUCUCCUCCUGGCGGUCAGGAUCCUCCUUCACGGGACAAAUCUUCAGCCAGCACCCCAGUGUUUUCUACCUGAUGGAGCCGGCAUGGCACGUUUGGGUUAAGAUGUACCAGAACAGUGCCAAAGUCUUACACAUGGCAGUGCGGGACUUAGUCAGGUCGGUCUUUCUGUGUGACAUGUCUGUGUUUGAUGCUUACAUGUCUAGCCAGAAGAAAAAGUCUGAUUUAUUUCAGUGGGAGACAAGCCGAGCCUUGUGCUCCCCACCUGCCUGUGACUCAUUCAGUCGCAGUGACAUUAUCACUGCAGGCAACUGCAAAACAAUCUGUGGCAAGUAUCCAUUCAGCAAGGUGGAGGAAGCUUGUAAAACCUAUAGCCAUGUUGCCAUCAAGGAAGUUCGGUUCUUUGACCUGAAAGUUCUCUAUCCCCUUCUCACUGAUCCAUCCCUGAACCUCAAAAUCAUUCACUUGGUACGUGAUCCUCGGGCUGUGUUCAGGUCCCGAGAGAAUACAGUGAAAGACCUGAAACGCGACAGUAACAUCGUUGUGGGGUCUCAGAAGACAAAGGGAGAAAUGGGGCCCUACAACACAAUGCAAGUAAUCUGCAAAAGCCACGUUGAGAUCUACAAGGCAGGAAGUCAGGCCGCUCCAAGCUUCCUGAAAGACCGGUAUCUGCUGGUUCGCUAUGAAGACAUUGUCAGAGACCCGCUAGCAAGGGCUGCUCAGAUGUACAGGUUUGCAGAACUCCAUUUCACACCAGAGCUUCAGAAGUGGGUCCACAACAUCACCCAUGGGAAGGGUCAUGGAGCACAGGCCUUUGAUAUUGGGUCAAGAGAUGCACUGAGAGUAUCCCAGGCCUGGAGAAAGACACUUCCCUUCCAGAAAAUAGAGAAAGUGCAAAAUGUGUGCAAAGAUGCAAUGGAUUUGCUGGGCUACCGACUUGUUCAGUCUGAAGAAGAGCAGAAAAAUAUGUCUCUGGAUCUUUUGUUUGCCCAGAAUGCCUCUGAACAUCAAAUUUUGAAGGCAGAAAAGCUGGUCUCUACACUUACUCUCUGAAGGCUGCGGAGUGCUGAACUGUUCACUAGAGCAAAAGAGGGCAGUGGUGCAGGCAUAGAAGUGUAGGAGUGUGUGCAUGGAUGCGUAUGGUUGCAAGGACAUGUGGUACAAGAACCCUGGCUACAUUCAGGAGAGCUCUUAGCAGCACAGGGUCACUCUCCAAGACCCCUGGAGAUUCAGCCACAAAUGGAGG